AUGCAGUCCCGCCCGCUGCGGGCGAAAUUCGGCUCGGUGCUGGGCCCUGGCGACCGCACGGAGGAUGUGCUGCAGGAGGAGAAGCAGAGGCUGCAGGAGCACAAGAUGGCGGUUGUGCAGUGGCACCGUCAGAUGCUCGCUCAGGCGACGCCUGAAACAAAUCGACCCGAAGCUGGCAUGCGACGAGCGCGCUUGGACCUCCAAGAGGCUAUCGAGGACUCGGACGAUCUCCUGCUGCGCUGCGCGCUGCGGGGCUUGUAA